AUGUCUUGUGUGCGUGAAGAUUCUCUCUCGUUGCGGUCUGGAAGGUUCAUCGUCUGUCUGUCUGUCUGUCUGUCUGGCUGCUACGACACAACCUCACCAUCCGCCCGCCUCAACUUUAUAUUCAUGGCAUCCCAAGCACCCCCAGAGACGAAAGCACUCGAGGUCAGCUCACGGGUGUCUUCUUGGUGCAAAGACUGUGAUGUUUGUCGCAUGUGCAUCCCCGGUGAGGGGCUGACAAAGCGGAGCGGUGUCACCCGAGAACGAGAUCUUGAAGACCUAUACAAGUCGGCUGCGGACGGGUGUCUGACGUGCAAGAUUAUAGGUGAUGCUUUUGAGAGCUUGUUGAACUAUGAGACAUUCCGUUUCCGUCCUAGAACGAUGAACAUAUACUUGCUCAACUUAAACGAUGAACUUAGAUCCAUGUACGUAUAUCUGUAUGUGCCACCUUCGCUCUCUCAACCUUGGCAUCGGUCAGGAAUCUUUUAUUUUUAUGCUAAAGGUCAGUUGUUUUAUAUUACUUCGUCCUGUUGGUUGAGUUCUGCGCUUAAUCGUCUAUUUCAGGAGUUUACUUUCCAAUUCAGCUGCCAGAAUCUGUACACUAACGCUCGCCAGAACUGA